CAUCGAUCAAGUAUAUCUUAGCUGGCGAACUCAAAUAAUCAUGCUUAGGCUAAUCCUAUUACUGGGCUCCGUUGGCUCCUGCUGGGCACAAAAACAACUACUCGUCUUUCCAAGAAUUGUAGAGGAACAUACGGCAAUGGGAAAUUUUGUGUUGCGAAUAAAUGACGAAAUCACUCUUAAUCUCGAAGGAAGCCGUGUACUGGCAGAUAAUCUGCUUUUUGUUACGAAACAACAUGACGGACAUCACUAUAAAAUGAUCGACACGACUCGAAUUCAGGAACACCUAUAUCACGACUCGCAUCAGCAAUCCUCUGUCUUCGUAACCCAUGAUGAUGGAGCGCUCCUAGUGAAGGGCAUCAUCAACCAUAAGUUGAGAAUAAAACCUCUACUAGAAAGUGAACGUUCAUCAGAUGGUCGAGUCCUUCACAGCAUAUUCGAAGCUGAAGAAAUCUGGACAAGCUACAAAGACGCCCUGCCGUAUAAGUCUACCAUGUCCACAACUCGGCAAAACCGGAUAUACACUCCGAGGUUCGUACGAGAAUUUGUAGUGGAGGUUCACAUCAUCUCCGACGAGAGGCACCAAAAGUAUUUUAGAAGAGAUAUAGACCUGAUUGAGUACCUUUCAAUCAUGCUGAAUGCGGUAAACAGAAUAUUUGUUGAUAUGACAGGUCCUGCCAUUUCAUUCAAGCUUGUCGGAAUAACGAGAAGUAGGAACGACACGUUCACUAGCCCUUUCCUAGACACUGUGGUGGCGCAAGAAAUGUUAGAGCGACUGGUGGACUACACCAGUGCUAAUGGCAUCCUCAAACAUUCGGACCUCGUUUACCUCAUCACUGGUGCAAACCUGGCGAGUCUCCGCAACGGAAUGAAACUUGAGAGAGGCGUAGCAGGUAAGCAAAACACCCGCAAAAUUCACAGCGCAAAAUGA